GGGACAGCGGCACCGGGACAGAGGGAUAGGGCUGGGAACGGGAUCGGGACAAGCGGACUGAGAUAACGGGACCGGGAUCAGAACCGGGACAAGGGACGGGGCUGGAAGCGGGACGCCGGGACCAAAGACAGUGGGACUGGGAGAAGUGAACCGGAACAACGGGGAGGGACUGGGACCGAGACUGGAGCAGGAACAGCAGCACCGGGACAGCGGGAAGGGUCUGGGACAGCGUCCGGGACAACGGAACAGGACUGGGACGGGAACCGGGACAAAGAGACUGACACUGAGCUGAGAUAACGGGACGGGAACCAGGACAAGGAACGGGACUCGAACAGGGACGCCGGGACUAAGACAGCGGGACUGGGACAGUGGAACGGGAGUGGAACCAGGACAACGGGGCCGUGGCAACAGGACUGGGACCGGGAUAGAGGGACAGGACCGGGACUAAAACCAGGAUGAGGACAGCGGCACCAGGAAAAGCACAAAGGGACCGGGACAACGGGAUCGGGACAACAGGACGGGACCGGAGCCAGGGCAGCGGGACGGGACUUGGGCUGGAGCCGGGGCUGGGACAACGGGACCGGGACAACGAGACGGGAACAACGGCACCGGGACCAGCACCGGGGCCGCGCACCCCCAUGGCAGGAGCCGACGGGAGCCCCCCCGCGGGCCCGGACACCCCGGUGGCCCUGCCGGGCCGUGCCGCGGGUCCAUGCCUUCGGGAAGGGGGGGCAGGCGCUGCGCAGGGACCCCCGCGCCCCCCCCGCCAUGCGGGGCUGGCUGCGCAAGCAGGACAGCUCCGGGCUGCGUCUGUGGAAGCGGCGCUGGUUUGUGCUGGUCGAUCUCUGCCUCUACUACUACAGGGCAGCGAGCAGCGAGUGCGGGGCGGACUCCCCCUGCCCGGCUACGAGAUCCGCGUCCUGCCCCCCGCACCCCGCGCCCCGCACGCCCCCCAAUUCCUCUUCACGGUCAGCAUCGCCCCCUGGAGCCCCACAGCCCUAUGGGGCAGGGGGCGGGGAGCAUACAGAGGGUCCGGAUCCCUCCACCAUGGGCACCCCCGUCCCCAGGCCGAGCACCCCGGGAUGCGGACGUACUGCCUGGGGGCCGAGACCCCCGAGGAGCUGAAUGCCUGGGUCUGCGCCCUGCGCCGGGGGGCAUCGCCCCUGCCCCGCUCCCCACAGGAGCCCCGGGGUGCGGGACCCCCGUCCCCCCCGUUACCCGCUCGGUGCCCCCCCCUGCACCCUCCUUGCUGCACGUCCGGCCCUCCGCUGCCCCCCAGCAAGGAGGAGGCCCCGGCCCAGGGUGGGCGCUGCGGGACCCACAGCACCGCGCACGGGGGGUCCCGGACCGGCUGCGGGGCGCCCGAACCCGCGGGAACCGCUGACCACGCCCCCCGGCCACGCCCCGAGCUGACCACGCCUCCAAUGGGGAGGAGCCAGCGGGAGCCGCGCGGGCGGGACGCAACGGAGCACGACACCUUUGUCAAUCAGACGCCGGCUUCUCCAAUGGACUUCUCUGAUUGGCUGCUGCCCUUCCAAGGCACCGCCUGUCCGCCAGCAGCAGCCAAUGAGGCGUCGCGGAGGGCGCAGGAGGGGAUGAGUGGGCGGGGCUCUCAGCGAGAAGGUGUGGCCGGGAGAGGGGCUCGGCGGCCAAUCAGAAUCACCCUUCUGCAAGCCAGCUUCUGAGGGAGGGGCGGGGGCGCCACGCCCCUGGUGG